ACUAUUUAUCGAUAACAGCUGAAAGUGCAUUGCCGUGUUUUGCCUGGGAGUUUGUUAAAUUAAAUUUUUUGUUUUCAACACGCAAAAUGGCCCUGGCCAAUGUGCUGCAGCUCAGCCAGAUCGCUGGCCAUGUCAUCCUCUUCAUCCUGUCGCUGUGCAUCGUUGUGCCACUGUUUAUCAACCUCGACCAAUUCUGUGGUCACUGCCUCCUUUUUACAACUGGCAAAUGGCGCGAGGAGGACGGCAUGUUCGAUGUCCAGUGGGCCUCGAGUGGGUUCUGCAACUUCCCUUUGAUUACUGGUUUCUUCCUGCUCAUCAUCUCGGUGGUGCAGAUAUACAGGUACGCCCGCAUGAAGGAGGAGGCUUCGUUUAUAGCCCUAUUCAUUGACGUGGUCCUGGGCAUCUGGAUGCUGGCCAUGUCCAUCUUGUCUGCUAUCUUCAUUACCCUGGGCUUCAUUGUCUGGUGCGAUGGCAUGACCGAGAGGUUCCCAUCCUGCGCCAUUUCCGCCGGUCAGAACAUCAUUCAUGGCGACACCGAGAAGAUCAACACGUCGGGAUUCUACAUUGAAAUGGGAACCACUCAGUUUGGUGCCUGGGGCUCCUUCGCUAUUUCGGUGGGCAUCGGCGUCAUCGCCCUACUGAAACUCAUUGACAACCAUCAGGUGCGCAACAUCAAGGUUUCCAUGUACUUGGAGCGCCAGCGUUUGGUGAAUCAGCAGCAAUACGAUGGCAGGUCAACCCCGCCGAUCGUAUCGAAUGUCUCAUCCGAUUCGGAGCAGAACAAAUAGUUGACGUUUGCGACCAGCCAGCAGUUUAUAAUUCUCUACGUGUUUCUCAUCAUGUGCGUUAUAAUCAUUGUAUGUCAUUUGGUCCUCGUCCUUAUCAUCGAGGCGGAAACUCGGCAGCACACCUUAUCUAUGUAGUGUAGCUCGAAAACAACUAAAACUAAAGAUAUUAGCCCUAUGAACUAAGCCAAUUUACGUGAUAUGUAUUGUAUAUAUGUAUUUAAUUGAAUAUUCCGUGUUACAAAUAUAGAAAAUAAAGUAAAUAAUAUUAAUGAUGA